GCCAGUCUGACCAAACAGCUCACCACUGUCCUGAGAAGAGGUUGUCCAGUACAGCGCGGGCUCUGGAGGGGAAAACCGCACGAUGAGCUGUUUCGCUGGAGAGAGAUCAGGAACUUCAGAGUGUGUGGAGCUGCAUGUGUUUCUUGUGCCUGAUGAGCUGUGGAACUCGAGACUGAACACAGCGUCAGUGGAAGCCGUAGACAGAUUCAUAUCAGCAGGCUUCAUCAGGGUGUAUCCAGACACAGUUUUGAAAGCUGUACGAGAUGAACUUGGCGUGUUACUCGGGCCAGAGAGGGUCGCUGACAGAUACUUCUUUUUAAAAUGUGUUGGUAGAAGCUUGGCACUGGUUAAACCCAGGCAAGAGAAAGACUUGAAAGCGAAAUCCUUUGCUCCACCCUAUUCCCUGUACCCAGAGCUCUAUCUGCUACCGGUGGAAGAACAUGGCAGUAGCGUUUCCUCCAGAUCAUUAAGUCCAGACUUGGCCAUUUACAACGCUGACUCCCAGACAGGCUACCCUCCUAGACCAGCUUUUGCACCUGGCCAGACAAAAGAGCCUACAAAAUUUCCACUAAUCAAACAAGGGCCCCAGCUGUCUGUCCUUGACCAGAGUCUGGAAGAUGAGGACACCUCUAGUUCUCUGGAGGAGAGGGAGGAGGAGGACUCUGUGGGAUGUGAAGAUCCCAUAUGGACAGAGACUCAUAACAUGUGCAAAAGUGUCCAAGAGGAGCUCAGGGCAAAGCAAAGUGUUGCAGAAAUGCUACCCAUUAAACAGAGUCUGACGAAAAUGGAAAAAACUGAGAAAAAGACACAUUACAAAAGAAACUUGACCAGAGAUUCAGGAGUACCAGAGUCGCUGGAGGAUCCAGACGCUGGGUUUUUCCUCUCACAAGCAAGGAAAUCCAAACUGUCUCAGACUUUAAAGCCAACUGGAAAGAAACCAAAUGAUCAGACACAUGCGGGCAGACCAGAACCACUAGUUCCUGUUGAGUGUGAGGCAACUCCCAGUGCCCCUGCCCUGGCUGUACAUAUGCAAAAAACUAAUGCAACUUCAACCAACAGGGAUGAGCUGCUGAAGGAACUCAAGCUGGCCAAAGAGAAGAGACAACAGCUGGAAAGAUCAAGGCAAGAGCUGCUGAGAAAGGGCAAGGAUCUGCUAGCUCUAAAUAGACACCGCAGGAACCAAGCACGGGACAAGUGGAAGAGAAAGUAUUUUGACACCAAGAAAGCCACAGCACCGUUGGAGGAAGCUCUAAAAAGUCUUCGACAGGAACUGGAGGCAUUUUAUGACAAACUGUUUCAACAACUACAAGCUCGAGAUGGAAGGAACAGACAAAAACGAGCAGGGAAGCCAUCAAGCACAAAGAACGAUCUUAUAAUCCAGAUUAUGACUGAGAGUUGCGAAAUAGACAAUCUGAAGAAAAAUCUGGAUGAUGCCAAAAUGAAACUUGCCACAGAAAUCAAGCUGAGGAAGCAGGCGACCACAGAACUGCGAGCCCUGAAAGCAGAACUGUUGCAGAAGAAGUCUCAGUGCUCAGUCUCAGGGUCUCUUUUAAGUGCUGCUGACCUUGGAUCACAGAUAAGCACUUGAAAACCUGCUUAACCCAGUACUGCAUGGUGUUAACAUAUGGCAACAAGUACUUUCUUUUCAUUUUUUCUCUGCUUGAUUACAGUAUGCAGUUUCUUUCUGGAUUCUUUCGGGAAAAUGAAGGCUUCUCCUGUAACAUGCUUCACUUUUCUUAUGAUUACAUUCCUUCCUAUUGCAGGCUUUGUUUUCCAUACACACAUCAUAUACACACAUGUACACAUUAAACAACAUUAAUGGAUGCUUACAAGAUCUUUUUCAUAAAUGAAAGCGCUUUAGAUGCUAAGGGAGUUUGUAUUAAAUGAUGAGACAGAAUUGCAACAGCAUGCGACAAUGGAACUGCAAUCUGCAGUGCACACAGUGGUUGCUUACAUUCCAAAUGUGUGUUUUUAUCCUAAUCAUUUUUAUAGUUAAUAAUUUUUAUUCUGUGCUUAUAUGGAUGUUUUGCAUGUUUUUGUUCCAAUUCAUGGAACAUUAAUGUGGCCAUGUCCAAUGGCAGUGUUUUGCUUUACUCUUACUGUGGCAAUGCACAUUGCAUUUCUAUUGUCCCAUGCCGUUUUCUUAAUAUUUAUUAUGAAAUUAAAAUAAUAAUUUCCUGAACUUAGAAUGAUUCAUUCUUAAUUUGUUUAUGCAAAUAUUUAUAUUAAUUUUAUGCAUCGUAUUUAUUUGCCAUUUACCAUUCUUUCAGCUAAAAGGCAUAUGACCAUAUAUAUCUAAAACAUUAGAUGGGACCUGUAACAACCAUGCAAGGUCUGGUGGACCAUCAGACAAACAAUGCUUAAAAUGUUCACCUUUGAAAGAGGAGAUCAAUCUUGAUUCAGAUCUGAGAAGAAAAUCUGUUAAUCAAACAAAGAAGCUGCUGAUGUUCUAAGAACAAUGGACUGGCUACUCCAAAGCA